AUGGCGCCAUCGCCCCCCCCCUGCCCGAGCGCCCGACACGCACCUCGGGCAGUAACCCCCGAGCCUAUCGAGGCCGCGUUCCACGGGCUGGAUGGGGCUGGGGGUGAUGCGUCGCAGGUGCCCCGCGGUUUCGGUUCUGUGUCGCCGCAGACCUCCCCCAGGACUAUCCCCACCGCUGGUGUCGGUUUGCCCGCCAGACGUCAGGGUGUCGUGUUCCAUGAUGCCUUCCCUGGCUCUUUCGACAGCGCUUCAACGAGCCCCCCUCUCCGGUCGAACUCCUUCAGGCCAAGAACCCACACUAUGGAUGGCGCAUUUCGGCAGCAGCUCGCCCCGACCCCCGAGGUGCGCAACAGGAUAGGUUCGUUCUCGUCAGCGGCCUCCCUCUCGGUUACCGACGACAUGAAAUUAUCAUCUUUCCAGUCGCCCUUUGAGUCGUAUAAACACGCCGACUUGCAGCCGCCCCUAGCCCUGCCGUCGUCCAAGGACAAGAAAUCGUCUGGCCCGAGGAGUCGUUUGACCAAGCGGCCGUCAUCACGGCCCAGUUCGCCCCUAUCAUCCCUACCGCCUUCUGUUGACUCCCUUCCUCUCCCAAUCCCGACGGCCGAUGCCAACAAGGUCCUACUUCUGAUGAAGAAUUUGUGUGGGAGGAUGCGCGGCGAGAUCGAAUACCAGAAGGAAGUUGGCGGGCCGUGGGUCGCCGGCAUGUGCUAUAUCGAAGAGGAGAGAGGUAGCUUGAUGUUUGAUGCUGGCGACAGCGGUCCGUUUCAUGCCACUCUCAUAUCUGACCUCAGAGGUUGCCGAGUGGCUCCUGUGGAGCAUCCGGACGGGGAUAUUCAAUGCCUUGAAGUUGCCAGUGUCCAGCUUGGCGUGGCGCACUUUCUGCGCCCACUAGUGGCUGAUGAGCUUGACCUUUGGCUGGCGGCCCUGCUUUGUUGGCAGCAGUUGCGACCGUCCGGCGCAAAACCCCAAACCGGGCGACUUAGCAACGCCGCCAUCGGCGCACCCGCGAGGAUGGAGAUGAAGCGCCGCGCCUCGUCGUCGGGCCUUCGGGAAUCGGCCGUCAUCAAAGUCGGCAAGGUUAUGCUCUGGGACAAGGGAGCAGCCAUCUCCCCGCGCGCCAUUGUCAGGCGGCCAUCGACCCGUGACUUGCGGUCUUCGCAGACGUGCUGGAGGCGAGUGUCUUGCAUUUUGCACGACAAUGGAGAGCUUAAGAUCAUGACGGAAAACGACGUGACGGUUCUCUCCGUGAUUGAGCUCUCGCAACUCGCGAGGUCUGCCAUCCAACAACUCAACAAGUCGGUCUUGGACGAGGAUUACUGCCUGGCCAUUUUCCCCAGCUACUCGUCGACAUCGACGCAGCUCUCUAUUUUCAGGCCGGUAUACAUAGCCCUGGAGACAAGAGUGCUGUUCGAGAUACCUCUACAUCAACUCGACUAUGGGAAGGACCACGAACAAUGGCUCCAAAUUUACGAAGACGGGCAACAGUCCAUCGGCUCCAUGCUCAUCAAGGUCCACCACGACGAGUUCGUGGUUCUCCUGCAACGAAACUAUCAACCCAUCUCGGAGCUUUUGCAUCGCUUCAGUACUGGGCUAAUAGCCCAGAUCACCGAGGCGUUGCCUGGGAGUUUACGUCGACUCGCGGAAAUUUUUAUCAACAUCUUUCAAGUUUCAGGGAGCGUCAAUGAGUGGCUCAUGAACAUGGUCGAGGAAGAAAUCGACGGGAUCGGGAACCAGACACCCAAAAAGAAGGGGAGAUUCAGUGGACGCCUAAAGUCCAAUGACUCAAUCGAAUCCGCCGUCGACAGAGAGCAGGUCGUGCGCGACCUGGGCAAGUCCCUCCAGGGCGAAGCCAAUCUGUUGUUCAGGGGCAACUCAUUAUUAACACAAGCCCUGGAAUUCCACAUGCGCCGCCUAGGCAAGGAGUAUUUGAUCGACACCCUUGCGGACAGGAUCCAAGAGAUCAACGAGAGCGACUACUCCUGCGAAGUUGAUCCGAGCAAGGUGCCUCACGGCGAGGAUGUUCAACAACACUGGAACCAUCUUAUUCAGUUCACCACCGAUAUUUGGGAUUGCAUUGUGUCGUCCGCCGCCCGCCUGCCUCCUGAGCUGAGGCAUAUCCUCAAGUACAUUCGGGCGGUUGCCGAGGACCGCUACGGCGACUUCCUUCGCACCGUCACUUAUACGUCUGUUUCGGGGUUCCUCUUUCUCCGCUUCCUCUGUCCUGCUAUCUUGAACCCGAAACUAUUCGGCUUACUGCGCGAUCACCCCCAGCCCCGCGCCCAGCGUACCUUGACACUCAUCGCCAAGUCCUUGCAAGCGCUCGCCAACCUGUCAAGCAUCGGCAAGAAAGAGACCUGGAUGGAGCCCAUGAACCGGUUCCUCCCCUCUCAGAGGCAAUCCUUCAAGGACUUCCUCGACGACGUGUGCGCCAUCCCGGUAGAGCGCACCAAGGUCCCGCCGCCGCCAUCAUACUCGACGCCUCUUACCAUCCUAGGCCGCCUCUCGCCAAUGGCGCGGGAGGGCUUCCCCUCCCUCCCUUAUCUCAUCGACCAAGGCCGCUACUUCGCCGCCCUUGUCAAACUCUGGGCAGACGCCCACCCGGCCUCGGCCAGCGAGUCCCAGCUAUACAGCGGCGAUCUACUCAACUUCCACACCCUCUGCAUUGGUCUCCACCAGCGCGCCGAGAAUUGCCUGACCCGCAUCGAGGCGCUUCGUGUCGCCGACACAGCCAGCCAGCCGGCAGACGACCAGGCCACCCUGUCCGACGUGAUGGACCGCAUCAGCAUCGGCGACAUGCUGAACAUGUCCGCCUACGGCGGCGGCGGCGGGGCUGCCUGGGCCGAGAGCGAGGAGCGCGCACCCGGCUCGUCGGGGAGCGAGAUGGACGCGCCCCCCUUCGGGACCAUCAGCAUCAGCCGGGACGCGCGACACGGCAGCUUCAGCAGCCGCGAGCUGGGCCCCGGCGGUUCCCUGCGCCAGACGCCACGGAGCAACAGCGAGGCGUCGACGGCUCAGGCCGCCGGCGGGACGGUGCGCAGCCUGCGCAGCGGCAUCCACCCGCGGAAGCUCCUUAGCGGCUUCAUGCGCAAGACGCGGACUACGCCGCCCGAGACUCCCUUGGUGGCGGGAUAUGCCACGGCGUCGGCCUCCGUUGUUACGAAUAGGGAUGGCGAACGGGACCGAGAGGGGGACCAAGAAAACACGAAAGAGAGCAAGGGCCGGGAGAGGAUUAGGGAAAGGGACCGAGAGAGAGAAAGGGAGAGACAUAAGGAGAGGGAGCAUGACAAGGGUCCCGUCGGGCUGCCGGAACCGAGGCAGGUCGAAACGGUGGCGCGAACCCAUGCGCAGGGUUCAAGCUAA